UCCCUGUGCACGAGUUUUAUGCUGUCGCUGGAGGUCGAAUAUCUUUGCCGUGCAAUCUUUCCGCCCCCACAGAUGACGAUGUUGUCACUCUCGUGCUCUGGUAUAAAGAUGACAUGAAGGUGCCAAUCUACACGUUGGAUGCGAGAAAGGUUCCAUUGGUAAAGGCAGUACACUUCCCCAGUGCUAGGCUGGGAAGACGCGUACACUUCGACAUCCAUUCAAGACCUCCCGCACUCACCAUCGACCCUGUGAAGGGUGAUGAUGAGGGAACCUAUAGGUGCAGAGUGGAAUACAAAAGGUUCCGAACGCUCAGCUAUACGUACGAGCUUAAAGUAGUAGUUCCUCCGAGAGAGGCAAAUAUUAUGGACGAAAGGGGACAAAGAAUUGACGAGACAAUUGGACCAGUGGAUGAAGGUUCGAAUGUCACUUUGGUAUGCGAAGCUGAAGGAG